CCCCCGGGGCACGUGGCUCGGGACGCAGCUCGCGGCCGCCCGGCGGGAGCUCCGAGGCUGGGCGGCACCCGCUCCUCCGCCGCCGCCCGCACCAGGCCUGAGGAUCGCAGCCUAACAAGGACGCAGGCCGCCAUGGCCGAAGCGCCGCCCGCGCGGAUUCCAGGGGGGGACAAGCGAAUGGAGGACCAGAGACCUCUAACACCUCCGUCGCCCCAGCCAGCUGCCGAGAAGAACUCAUACCUCUACUCCACAGAGAUCACGCUGUGGACAGUGGUGGCUGCCAUUCAGGCCUUGGAGAAGAAGGUGGAUUCCUGCCUGGCCCGCUUGCUGACUCUGGAGGGACGCACUGGGACAGCAGAGAAGAAGCUGGCUGAUUGUGAGAAGACGGCCGUGGAGUUCGGCAACCAGCUGGAGGGCAAGUGGGCCGUGCUGGGGACCCUGCUGCAGGAGUACGGGCUGCUGCAGCGGCGGCUGGAGAACGUGGAGAACCUGCUGCGCAACAGGAACUUCUGGAUCCUUCGGCUGCCCCCUGGCAGCAAGGGGGAGGUCCCCAAGGUGCCCGUGACCUUUGAUGAUGUGGCCGUUUACUUCUCCCAGCCUGAGUGGGGCAAGCUGGAGGACUGGCAGAAGGAGCUCUACAAGCAUGUGAUGAGGGGCAACUAUGAGACACUGGUCUCCCUGGAUUAUGCCAUCUCCAAACCUGACAUCCUCACCCGGAUAGAGAGAGGAGAGGAGCCUUGUCCUGAAGACCAGCAAAGCAAGGAGAAGGGGACUGAGGAAGAGGCCGCAUGUCCAAGGAGGCUGGACACUGGUCUCCUUCCAUAUCCAGAGCAAGCCCCCAGCCCAGUCAGCCAUGCCCAGGAGGAGCCCAAAGAAGGGCAGGCCCCUCAACACCAACAGAACGAAGAAGCAGGAGUGACCCCACCCAGGCUGGGCACUGGACCUCCAGCAAACACCAGCAUUUUGUCCUCAAUUAAACAGGAGGGAGAAUCUUCAGAGGGGGAGUCACCAGCUUCCCCUCCCAGGGACAUCAUGUCCAGUCUGGGGCCAGGUGGUGGUGGCAUGGCCAUCAAGACAGAAGCUCAGUCUGAGGACGAGAUGGUGCCUGAGCAGCUCCGCCUGGGAUCCCCAAGCCGGACCAAGUGUAGAACACCUAGAGGGCCUAGGAACAGGACUGGAGGCCCUAGGCGGCAUCACGCCCAGGGGAGGCCAAGGGUGCGCACUGGGGAGCCUCGGCCACCAGGGGCCAUUGGGGAGACACCCCGCAUACUCCCUCGCCGGCGGGAACGGACCUUCCCCUGCCCUGACUGUGGGCAGAGCUUCCGCUUGAAGAUUAAUUUGACAAUCCAUCAAAGGACUCACGUGGAGGAGGAGCACAGGGAAGCUCCCGGGGGCUCACCCACCAGAUGGGGGGAAGGCCACUCUACGCUGGAGCCAGGGGAAGUGGUAGUGCCUGGCCCUGUCAUCCGUUGGCUCCCCGAGGAGCCCGCGGGCCACCAUUCCCUGGGAGGGCGUGCCUUCAUGGGGCGGAGGCCCACAGCCACCAAGAUUUACCACUGCAGUGAAUGCCUGCGCUUUUUCCAGCAGCGGAAGAGCCUUCUGCUUCACCAGCGCCUGCACACAGGCAACAAUCAGGGCUGGCCUGCCUGUCCCUACUGUGGCAAGGCCUUCCGCCGGCCCUCGGACCUCUUGCGUCACCAGCGUAUCCACACUGGUGAGCGACCCUACCAGUGCCCCCAGUGUGGCCGGGCCUUCAACCGAAACCACCACCUGGCUGUGCACAUGCAGACUCAUGCCCGGCAUCGGGUGGGCAUGCAUUUCCCUGUGCCUUCUGCAGGCCACGGGAGCUCACCCCCGCAGGGUCGCAGCCAUGCAGAGGAGGGCUGACCAGGCAGGAGCCUGCAGGGCAUCCUCUUGUCUUCCUGCAUCCCUGGCAGGACCUGUGCUCUAUCUUUUAGGGGCUUUCCCUUGUGCCUGAUGCUGGUCCCUUAUUCUGGGAUGUCUUGGAGAGAGUUGUUUUUUUAUUGUUUCCCUUAUUCAAAUGGAAAGCAGUGGCCCUUUUGAUGAUACCAUAUAUAUAUGCGACAAGGUACCUCUACUUUCUCUUUCCUAAGGGUGUCACUCUGUGCUAUCUUUUUCUACAUUCUUGACCUGCAAAGGGUCCCUGAAGGCUUAAACAACACCAGUUUUUGGUGUAGCUUUUGACUGGUGCUACAGUCAAGAUGAUCAGAGACUGUGGUCCUUUCAGAAUGGACCAUAGAGACUUCAGGGACUGGGAGUGACUGCACAGAGGUCUGUCUGCGCUCCACAUGAGAAAACAGCAGAGAGUACAGGACACAAGAGAAGGCACUCAGAAUUUGCAUUUUCUACUUUUGUUAGCUUGAGACUUUUUUUUCUUUGAAUGAAGACUUUGUAAUGUGUUUGUAAGCGUUGUGUGUAGUUGCAAAGAGGACCAGGAGCUCCUGAGGGCAGGAAUUCUGCCACUUCCUUUGUGGGUCUGGCAGGGCAGGAAGAGGGUUUUGAUGGGCAGAAUUUGGCUGCUGUCUUAGAAGCAGAGCUUCUCUCCAGGUUUAUGUUUCUGAGCUCCAAGUGACUCCCAGUCUUCCUAGUCCUUCCCUCACAGGGCAGUCUCAUCUGUUAUUUACUUUUGAUAUCAGUUAAAAGAGGAAAGGAAAUCAGGUGUGGAUGGCCUCCCCUGCCAGAUCUCAGGAUUCAUAGGUGUGCAUGAUCCAUUGACUGGACCCAGAAGAUGUCUUGAGGGUGCUGCAGAGUCUUGUGAGCCCAAGACCUUCCUCAAGGGGAAGACUGACUGGGGGAGGCUGGGGAGUCUGCCUGGACUCUCCAGGCCUCGUUUCUCCUGGUAAAGAAUUUGGGGUCUGGUGCUGAGUAGGGCUAGGAGGUUGGGGAAUCCUUCAGCCCCCUCUAGGCUCACAUUCCUUGUCUGUCAAAGGGUAACAGCUCCAGUGCAUCCCACCUCAUCUAGGAGCUGUUGGCACUGAAUUUAGAGACUGCACAAAUAAGACGCUUGGUGAUAUUCUUAGUUUCAAGUUCAGGGCAUCCUAUUUUUUUUUUUUUUUCCCAGUGAUUUCCUGCUCAGGCAGAAUCCCCUGGGAAGAGUGAGGGUUAGUGCCCUUGUACCAAAGCAUUGGUCCAUGACCUGUUUUUGAUAGUAUGCUAUUGUCAGGCUGCACGGAGAAGUCUUGAUGCCUAGUUUCUCAUAUUCCUUAAUCACACCACCUUGGGUGCUGCCUACAGACCAAUUGGCUGUGGGUUCUGGGUUCCUGGCAACUUCCUGUUGUCCUCACCCCUUUUCCAAAGUCCCGAAUGGAGUUGGGGGCAGAUGGUAACAUUGCCAUCAUCCCUGGGAAAGGGGAAGGAUAAAAGUCUGACAGGUUAGCCAAGAUCCUGAAGAGGCACCACCUGUUUGAGCCUCCUGCUUGUCUGGAGCCCCACAAGUCAGAGACAAAUGUCAGCAAGUGCGCAGGCAGGAUGUGGUACAAGUGUGGCUGCUUAGCUUAACCCUCAGCUACAAGAGCUAGGCUCAGAUAUUCUGGUGGUGCCUCAGGGCUCAGAAUUUUAAAUUCUAAAAUUUUAAAUGCUAAAUGCACUCUGUAAAUACAAGCAUUCAAUUGCAAGGCUCAGGUGUUUUUCCCUUAUUUUCAAAGCAUUCAGUGCUCAGCUUUGGGCUAGGCAUAUUGGGUUUGCCUUGUCACUCAAUAGAACGUGUUUAAAGAAUGUUCCUUAGGUUGAAAUGAACAGUGGAGGCUAAAGGUGCAGUAGCCCAGUGGUGCCCCACAAUCGGGAGGUGGGAGCCCUGGUUGGGUCCCAGACUUACCCAGCUCUGGGCCUCAGCGUCCUCAUUUGUGAAACAAAGAACUGGUUGGGUCUUAAGAUUCCUUAACAACUGUGAAGGUGGCAGUCUCCUGCUUUAAUCGGUGCUUAAUAAACAUGUUGGCAUAAA